AAAUACGCACUCUCCUUUCACCGACCUCCGACACGAAAAGGCAGCUCCUUUUUUUGUGUGUGUUUCUGUCAAUUCCACUACUUCACCAUGAAUGCUUUAAUGUGUUUCUUGGUGGGUUUUGUGUGGUUUCAUGACUCAUUCAUUCUCUGUAUAAAAACUAGUGGCAAGCGCAAGAAAAACCCUAUCUUUUUCAACUUUCUUGAUUUAGAAGGGAGACAAAAAUGGGUAGAGUUAUGUUGGUGAGUUUUGGGUUUUUAUUACUUGUGAUCUCUUUUGGGUUUUUAUCAAACACUUUGGGACAACAACAAGGCGAUGAUGAUGGUGAUGAUGAUGAUGAUUCUGCUAUCUACAUUGUCACAAUUAAACAACCUCCUAUUGUUCAUCUUUAUGAUGAAGAAGAGCUUAAACAAAUUAGACAGAAACACCAAAGGUCUAAGCAUGGCCACACUUCUAAAUUCAUACCACAAUUGCAACCAAGGAACAUUUCAAGGAAACGUCAUGGGAAGUCAAGAAGACCACCAUCUAUUGCUCAAACUCAUGAUUCUUUCUUGAGAAAGACAUUAAAAGGAGAGAAGUAUAUAAAGCUUUAUAGCUACAAUUAUCUAAUCAAUGGAUUUGCCGUGUUUGUUAGCUCACAACAGGCUGAGAAGCUUUCAAAGAGAAGUGAAGUAGCAAACAUAGUGUUGGAUUUCUCUGUUCGAACAGCUACGACUUAUACUCCACAGUUUAUGGGUUUACCAGAAGGAGCAUGGGCCAAAGAAGGUGGAUUCAAGAUUGCUGGAGAAGGAAUUGUUAUCGGAUUUAUCGAUACUGGAAUCGAUCCGAAUCAUCCUAGUUUCAAUGACAAUGACAUCAACUCACAUCAUUCAUCAUAUCCAACCCCUAAGCAUUUCUCAGGUGUUUGUGAGGUUACACCUGAUUUUCCAUCCGGAUCUUGCAACAAGAAGCUAAUCGGAGCUCGGCAUUUUGCACAAUCCGCUAUAACUAGAGGAAUCUUUAACUCAUCUGAGGAUUAUGCUUCUCCAUUCGAUGGGGAUGGCCAUGGAACACACACAGCUUCGAUUGCAGCGGGUAACCAUGGAGUUCCAGUGAUAGUUUCUAACCAUAACUUCGGAAACGCUAGUGGAAUAGCUCCUCGUGCAUAUAUUUCUGUUUACAAGGCAUUGUACAAGAGCUUUGGAGGUUUUGCUGCAGAUGUAGUUGCAGCUAUAGAUCAGGCAGCUCAAGAUGGAGUAGAUAUAUUAAGUUUAUCGAUUACACCGAAUCGAAAACCUCCUGGUGUUGCCACUUUCUUUAAUCCUAUAGAUAUGGCCAUACUUUCGGCUGUAAAAUCUGGGAUUUUCGUAGUCCAAGCAGCAGGAAACACCGGUCCAUCGCCUAAAAGCAUGUCUUCUUUUAGUCCUUGGAUUUUCACAGUUGGUGCUUCUUCUCAUGAUAGAGUUUACUCCAACUCCAUAAUCCUAGGCAACAAUGUAACUAUUCCAGGCCUAGGAUUCGCAAUUCCUACGGAUGAUGGAAAGAUGUACAAGAUGGUCUCUGCUUUUCAUGCCUUGAACAAUAGUACUUCUGUAGAUAAAGAUAUGUAUGUAGGUGAAUGUCAAGAUUAUGAGAAUUUCGAUCAAAAACUUGUCUCUGGGAGUCUUCUCAUGUGUAGCUACUCUGUUCGUUUUAUUCUCGGGCUUUCGACUAUAAAACAAGCUUUAGAUGUUGCCAAGAACUUAUCAGCGGUUGGUGUUGUGUUCUAUAUGGAUCCAUACGUUCUUGGGUUUCAGAUCAAUCCAACGCCUAUGGAUAUGCCCGGAAUCAUAAUUCCAUCUGCAGAAGAUUCCAAAAUUUUACUCAAGUACUAUAAUUCUUCUGUUCAAAGAGAUGUAACCACCAAAGAAAUUGUUGGAUUUGGAGCGUUUGCAGCCAUUGAAGGCGGUUUAAAAGCUAGCUUCAGUGAUAGAGCUCCUAAGGUUAUGUAUUACUCAGCAAGAGGACCUGAUCCAGAAGACAACUCUUUUAACGACGCAGACAUAUUGAAACCGAACCUUGUAGCUCCUGGAAACUCUAUUUGGGGUGCUUGGAGUUCCGCUUCCAUCGACUCACCCGAGUUUAAAGGUGAGAGAUUCGCGAUGAUGUCCGGUACAAGCAUGGCUGCUCCUCAUGUUGCUGGUGUAGCUGCACUAAUCAAACAAACUUACCCGCAAUUUAGUCCUUCAGCAAUCGCAUCUGCACUUUCAACAACCGCUCUUCUUAACGAUAUUAAAGGAGGUCCAAUCAUGGUUCAACGUACUUUUUCUAAUCCAGAUCAAAGCCUCUCUAACGCAACACCGUUUGAUAUGGGAAGCGGUUUCGUUAACGCAACCGCAGCUUUAGAUCCUGGCCUAAUCUUCGAUACUAGUUUUGAAGACUACAUGUCAUUUCUUUGUGGGAUCAAUGGAUCAGAUUCGGUGGUAUUUAACUACACAGGGAUUAGCUGCUCCGAUAACAACAAAACAAUGAGCGGUUUUGAUCUCAAUUUGCCAUCAAUUACAGUAUCAACGCUUAAUGGCACACAAUUUGUUCAGAGAUCGAUGCGUAACAUAGGCGGAAAUGAGACAUACAAUGUUGGUUGGAGUCCUCCUUAUGGCGUUUCAAUGAAAGUUGAUCCUACUCAAUUCUCUAUAGCCAUGGGAGACACUCAAGUACUAAGCGUAACCCUCAAGGCAAUAAAGAACAGUUCAAGUUCUAGUUUUGGAAGAAUAGGAUUGUUCGGAAACACAGGACACAUUGUUAAUAUCCCUGUAUCUGUCAUAGCGAAAGUUGCUUCGAGCUGA